CCCACAUAAACAUAAUCAAGGAAAAUUUGUCUGAGUAUAUAGGAGUACUACCUUUGGUUGAAGGUAUCUUGAAAGUUAAGUAAAACUAAAACUUGAUCCCUCUUAAAUUCAGAGAUAGAUUCUUUCUGCAUAAGGAAAACCAGAAAGUCUGUCUUGGGAUUUGGGGCAGAGAAAUCAUUCUUGUUCUUUGGUAAGAGAAAUCAUGAAACUUGAAUUAUUUGAUUCUGGCUUAUUUGCUUUGACUUUGUAAUAUAAUCAAAUUUAAUUCAAAUUUUUAAGUCUAAUCUAAAAAUGGUUGAUACAACCUCAAUUGUUUGUAGUUGUGGAGACAUAUAAAUCUUGUUGCAGCUCAAAUUGUGGUAUCAAAACUUUUAUUGAAACUUUGAUUCCAGUCAUGAUGGUUAUGUGUAACUUAUUUUUGUUAUUGUUUCAAACAAAACUUAUUUUUGUUAUCCUCCUUCCAGUCUCGCAUACAAGCAAAAAGUCUCUGAUUCAUUGAAUAACUGAUGUAUCUGAUUGAAUAACUGAUGUAUCUGGUCCAUAAUAUGAAUUUGUCAAUUAUUAUAAAUUUUUAUGGGAAUAAAAGUCAAAGAAUCUUGCUUUUUAUUAUAUUCUAAAUGCACUAUGAUUCUGUUACUGACCCCUCUUUGAUGAAUUUCAUAAUCUUUAUGCCUUUUGUGUGGGGUUAUGUUGGGGAUAAAGAAAGUUGCUGGUGAAAUAGUUACUUAAAUUUAUUGAUUGACAAAAGAGAAAACAGAAAAUUUGGUGGGAUCCGACGCCCCUACGGUCGGAAAUUCCCCUCAUUCACACAGUAUGGACAUUGGUGGCCAUUCGGUAUUUUCAAUGUACCGGUGCGUAAAUGGGAUCAUCUCACUGGGGAAUCCAAAUUCUUGUGUAACUUAUGUUACACAGUUCAAUAAACUUAUUUAUAUCAUUGGUUGACAUUGUUUAAAAUUUGAUUUAGUGAAUUUGUAAUUCCAGCCAUCCGAUCUUUGACCGAGAUUGAUUACUGCGUGUAACUGCGUGCUAUCAUUACUGACGGUCCGUCUAAUUUCUUUCUUAUUGAUUCAUCAGAUGGAUUCUCGAUAAAACAGCUCAUAAUCAGACCAAAGUGUAAUGGCAUCUGCAGAAGCUAGAGCCGGUUAUGCAGUUAACCAUUGUUUCACACAAGAUUUCAUGAUGCCCCCUACGGUUUCAAAGAAAAUGGAACCUGGUUUUACAACUAGUGAUUCAACUGAUUCUGACAUGAAAUGGUGGCUACAUGUGAAAACCAACAUCGGUGGUGACACAGAUUAUACAUGUCAACAUCUAAAUACCUUGGAGUCUAAGCUCGAUGUUUUCAAUGUCAAUAUCGGGAGCGAUCAAUCUGUCAAAAACUUUGAUGCUGCUCUAGACCAGCAAUGGAAUGUCUAUCCUAAAUGUAUGAAGAAAACUAAUGAUACUCGAAUGGCGAAAAUCGAGGCUGCAUUGAACAAUGACAUGUAUAUAACACAUAAGAUGAAAAAUGAAGAUGAGUACUGGUUUUCAGAUGAUGAUGUUACUAGUUACUUGGUCUCGGAACAAUAUAAAAGUGUGUCAUCUGAUCUAGAACCGCAUUGGUUGGGAGCUGAAAAAACCCGGCCUUGGUGGCGGACUACUGGAAAAGAUGAUUUGGCUUCCUUGGUUGCCAAGAAAUCGUUUGAGUAUAUUGAGAACUGUGAUCUCCCAGAGCCGAAUACUAAGCCUUUUUGGAAAAUACCAAAUCUUCCGCCAAGAGAUAUUGACAACGAAAAGAGUCUUGUAUUGCCUUUAAACCAGAAAUCGGAGAUUUAUACGUCUACAACCUUGACUUCUGGCUGUUCAUUUCAGGAUUCAGACAAAACUUCUUCCAGGUCGAGCGAAAGCAAAGACUCUUAUUCAAGCAACAACAACGAUAGCCGCAUGAAUUCUGAGAGCACGGCCAAGGCAGAGCUACUGAAAGCCUUGUGUCGAUCUCAAACUCGGGCGAGAGAGGCUGAAAAGGCAGCACAAGAAGCCUGCGACGAGAAAGAACAUAUAGUAUCUCUAUUUUUCAAGCAGGCUUCACAACUAUUUGCUUACAAGCAAUGGCUACAUGUUUUGCAGUUGGAGAAUCUAUGUCUUCAAUUAAGUAACAAAAACCAGCCGUUGCUGAAUAACCUCGUUCCUUAUGGUGCCGGAAAACAUCAGAGGAAGAGUCGUCGAAAAACUAACAAUAGAAGACGAGGGAUCGGAGAAUGUGUUUUCGCUUUUGCUGUUGGUUUGGCUCUUGCUGGUGCAGGUUUGCUUCUUGGUUGGACCUUUGGAUGCAUGUUUCCAUCCUUUUGAAUGUGACUAUCUAUUCGAGUGAAUCGCUAAUUUAGUCCCUGAAAUUGUACAAUGCUAUCAAGAACAACUCGCACCACCGAUACAUAUGCACAUAUGCACAAAGGCUUCUAUUCUUUACAUUACUAGAUUGUGAUAGACUUUGUACUAGUAAAAUAGGAGUUGCCAAAUUUAAUCAUAUUUAAAUUUUUUUAGAUGUGAA